AUGGAGAACUUGUUUCGUUUGGCUGAUCAUGAAGAUUUCUUCUCUCGUAGAUGCAUAUGGGUUAAUGGUCCAGUAAUAGUAGGUGCAGGACCAUCAGGGCUAGCCACAGCAGCUUGCCUUAGAGAACAAGGCGUGCCCUUUGUUGUGCUAGACAGAGAAGAAUGCAUAGCAUCUCUGUGGCAAAAACGUACUUAUGACAGAUUAAAGCUUCAUCUCCCUAAACAAUUCUGUCAACUUCCAAAACUCCCAUUUCCUGAAGAUUUCCCUGAAUACCCAACUAAAAAACAAUUCAUUGAAUAUUUGGAAUCUUAUGCUAAGCAUUUUGAAAUCAAUCCAAGAUUCAAUGAAUGUGUACAAUCUGCAAGAUAUGAUGAGACUAGUGGGCUUUGGCGAGUCAAAACUAUUUCUGCAAGCGGGUCUAGCCGGACUGAAGUUGAGUACAUUUGCCGGUGGUUAGUAGUGGCUACCGGAGAAAAUGCAGAGUGUGUAAUGCCUGAUAUUGACGGAUUAAAUGAGUUUAGCGGUGAUGUUAUUCACGCUUGUUCUUAUAAAUCUGGUGAGAAAUUCCGUGGCAAGAAAGUUCUUGUUGUGGGUUGUGGGAAUUCCGGCAUGGAAGUUUCUCUUGAUCUCUGUAACCAUAAUGCUUCUCCAUCAAUGGUUGUUCGAAGCACUGUUCAUGUUCUGCCUAGAGAAAUUUAUGGGAAAUCAACUUUCGAGUUGGCUGUUUUGCUAAUGAAAUGGUUGCCACUCUGGUUAGUUGAUAAGUUAAUGUUGAUUUUCGCAUGGCUGAUUUUGGGAAAUAUUGAGAAAUAUGGAUUAAAAAGACCAGCUACGGGUCCAUUAGAGCUAAAGAAUACAGAAGGAAAGACCCCAGUAUUGGAUAUUGGAGCACUGGAGAAAAUCAGAUCUGGAGAUAUUAAAGUGGUUCCUGGAAUCAAGAAAUUUUCACAUAGACACGUUGAGCUUGUUAAUGGUGAAACUCUUGAUAUUGAUUCGGUUGUUUUAGCUACUGGAUAUAGAAGCAACGUCCCAUUUUGGCUUCAGGAAGGCGAAUUUUUCUCCAAAAAUGGCUUUCCAAAAGCACCAUUUCCAAAUGGUUGGAAAGGAAAUGCAGGACUAUAUGCAGUUGGGUUUACAAGGAGAGGGCUGUCUGGUGCAUCUUCAGAUGCCAUGAGAAUAGCACAAGACAUUGGCAAGGUCUGGAAAGAUGAAACUAAGCAACAAAAGAAGAGAACAACUGCUUGCCAUAGGCGUUGCAUUUCACAAUUCUAAAUCAUGACCAAAACCCACAAAACACCAAAAAAGAAAAGCUUCUAACAAACAGAAAUUCAGUUAGUUGUAAAAAAAAAAAAAAAGAAUAAUAAUAAUAAUAAUAAUCAUAACUUCCUGUAUGAUACACAAACA